ACGAAGCCCUUGUCAUUUGCUGAUUGUGUUGGGGAUGAGCUGCCGUGGGGAUGGGAAGCAGGGUUUGACCCUCAGAUUGGUGUCUACUACAUCGAUCACAUCAACAAAACCACACAGAUAGAAGAUCCAAGAAAACAAUGGAGGGGGGAACAGGAGAAGAUGCUCAAGGACUACCUCUCUGUGGCGCGGGAUGCCCUCCGGACACAGAAGGAGCUGUACCAUGUGAAGGAACAGAGGCUGGCGCUGGCCCUGGAUGAAUACGUGCGAUUAAAUGAUGCCUAUAAGGAAAAGUCAAGUUCUCGCACAAGCUUAUUCUCAGGAUCUUCAUCCAGUACUAAAUAUGAUCCCGAUAUUUUAAAAGCUGAGAUCUCCACUACAAGAUUAAGGGUUAAAAAGCUAAAGAGAGAACUCUCACAGAUGAAGCAAGAACUGCUCUAUAAAGAACAAGGCUUUGAAACAUUGCAGCAAAUUGAUAAAAAAAUGUCUGGAGGCCAGAGCGGGUAUGAACUCAGUGAAGCCAAAGCCAUUCUAACAGAACUAAAAUCUAUCAGAAAAGCCAUUAGCUCAGGAGAAAAAGAAAAACAAGAUCUGAUGCAGAGUCUUGCUAAGCUGCAGGAGCGGUUUCAUUUGGAUCAGAACAUUGGCAGAUCUGAGCCAGAUUUGAGAUCUAGUCCUGUGAGCUCUCAUUUAUCUCUCUCCAGACAGACCCUUGAUGCCGGGUCACAAACAAGCAUUUCCGGAGAUAUUGGAGUGAGAAGUAGAUCAAAUUUAGCUGAAAAGGUCAGGCUAAGCCUACAGUAUGAAGAAGCCAAAAGAAGUAUGGCCAACUUAAAAAUUGAACUGUCAAAAUUGGACAGUGAGGCCUGGCCUGGGGCACUGGAUAUUGAGAAGGAAAAACUGAUGCUGAUUAAUGAAAAAGAAGAACUUUUGAAAGAGCUUCAGUUCGUCACCCCACAGAAACGUACCCAAGAUGAAUUGGAACGCCUAGAAGCCGAAAGGCAGCGGCUGGAGGAAGAGUUGCUGUCCGUGAGGGGAGCACCAAGCAGAGCCCUCGCCGAGAGAUUGAGAUUGGAAGAGAGAAGAAAAGAGCUGUUACAGAAACUUGAAGAAACUACUAGAUUAACUACUUAUUUGCAUUCACAACUUAAAAGCCUCUCUGCCAGCACCCUGUCCAUGUCAUCUGGGAGCAGCCUGGGUUCCCUGGCAUCAAGUCGGGGCUCUCUGAACACCUCCAGCAGAGGGUCACUCAACUCCCUCAGUUCCACUGAACUCUAUUACAGCAGUCAAAGUGAUCAGAUAGAUGUGGAUUAUCAGUAUAAACUGGACUUCCUUCUGCAAGAGAAAAGCGGUUACAUUCCUUCCGGACCCAUUACCACCAUCCAUGAAAACGAGGUGGUCAAGUCCCCCAGCCAGCCUGGCCAGAGUGGACUCUGUGGGGUGGCAGCUGCAGCAACAGGCCACACUCCUCCGCUGGCUGAGGCCCCCAAGUCUGUGGCCUCCCUGUCCUCGAGGUCCUCCCUUUCCUCCUUGUCUCCUCCAGGCUCUCCCUUGGUUUUGGAAGGCACGUUUCCCUUGUCUUCUCAUGAUGCCUCUCUCCAUCAGUUCUCUGCUGACUUUGAAGACUGUGAAUUGAGUAGCCAUUUUGCAGAUAUCGGCCUUGUCGAAAAUCAGAUUUUGCUGGAUUCUGAUUCAGGAGGAGCCUCCCAGUCUCUUUCAGAGGAUAAAGACCUUAAUGAAUGUGCUGGUGAGCCAUUAUAUGAAGGAACUGCAGAUGUGGAAAAAUCAUUACCAAAAAGAAGAGUGAUCCACUUGCUUGGGGAGAAAACCACUUGUGUGUCGGCUGCUGUAUCUGAUGAGUCUGUGGCUGGAGACAGUGGGGUCUAUGAAGCUUUUGUGAAACAGCCUAGUGAAAUUGAAGAUGUCACAUACAGUGAAGAGGACGUAGCCAUUGUGGAGACCGCCCAGGUUCAGAUAGGACUCAGAUACAAUGCAAAAAGUUCAAGUUUCAUGGUGAUUAUAGCACAGCUCCGAAACCUUCAUGCCUUCUUGAUACCUCAUACUUCAAAAGUAUAUUUUAGGGUUGCCGUUCUUCCUUCCUCAACUGAUGUCAGCUGUCUGUUUCGCACAAAAGUUCAUCCGCCCACAGAAUCCAUUUUAUUCAAUGAUGUGUUCAGAGUCGCCAUUUCCCAAACAGCUUUACAACAGAAGACACUGAGAGUAGAUCUUUGCUCUGUCAGUCGACACCGAAGGGAAGAAUGCCUGGCUGGAACUCAGAUCAGCCUGGCAGAUUUACCAUUUUCCAGUGAGGUUUUCACUCUAUGGUAUAACUUGCUUCCUUCCAAGCAAAUGCCUUGCAAAAAGAAUGAAGAAAAUGAGGACUCUGUAUUUCAACCAAACCAGCCUUUAGGAGAUUCUAUAGACUUGGAUGCAGUGUCAGCCUUACUUGCAAGAACAUCAGCUGAGUUGUUAGCUGUGGAACAAGAAUUAGCACAAGAAGAAGAAGAAGAAGAAGAAUCAGGACAAGAAGAGCAAAGGGGUCCAGAUGGAGACUGGCUAACAAUGCUGAGAGAGGCCUCUAACAAAAUUGUGGCUGAAAAAGAGGCUGAAGUUAAACUGCCAGAGGACAGUAACUGUACAGAAGGUUUAAGUUCAUGCCCUAGUGUGCCUGAGAUGAACGAAGACGGGAACAGGAAAGAAAACAACUGUGCCAAAGACCUCAGAAGUCAGCCACCUACUGGAAUACCAACACUGGUUGACAAAGAGACAAACACUGAUGAAGUCGCUAAUGACAAUAUGGCAGUUCGCCCCAAAGAGCGCAGCAGCCUGAGCUCUAGACAGCAUCCCUUUGUGAGGAGCAGCGUGAUAGUGCGCUCACAGACCUUUUCUCCCGGAGAGCGGAGCCAGUACAUCUGCAGGUUAAAUCGGAGUGACAGUGACAGUUCAACCCUGGCUAAAAAAUCACUGUUCGUGAGAAACUCCACCGAACGCCGCAGUUUGAGGGUCAAAAGGACGGUUUGCCAGUCAGUCCUUAGAAGAACAGCACAAGAAUGCCCAGUACGGACAUCUCUAGACUUAGAACUGGACCUUCAGGCAUCCCUGACCCGGCAGAGCCGCCUCAAUGAUGAGCUGCAGGCACUGAGGGACUUGAGGCAGAAGCUGGAGGAACUGAAAGCUCAGGGAGAGACUGACCUUCCACCAGGCGUGCUGGAGGACGAGAGGUUCCAGAAGCUUCUGAAGCAAGCGGAGAAGCAGGCCGAACAGUCCAAAGAAGAGCAGAAGCAAGGUUUGAAUGCAGAGAAGUUGAUGAGGCAAGUCUCCAAGGACGUGUGUCGGCUCCGGGAGCAGAGCCAGAAGGUGCCUCGGCAGGUGCAGUCCUUCAGGGAGAAGAUUGCCUACUUCACCAGAGCAAAGAUAAGCAUCCCGUCCCUGCCGGCUGACGAUGUGUGAUUACAUGGUUUAAGAAAUUAUUUUGUCAUCUGUUCACUUUUUUAGGGAGGGUAAAAGACUGAAGAUUUGUUUUUUUGUUUUGGUGUCUGGUUGUUUUUGGUAACAUAACUGUCAACUCUUGAAGAACUUUUAUUUCACAUCAGAUUUUCAACAUUUUAAUUUGUAAAGUACCUUGAGUGUAAUUUUUAUGUGCUUAAACAAGAAAAAAUCAGAUAAGAAAAAUGGGAUAAUCUGGUACACAAAUGUUGCCCAGAAUGUGCGCAUUGCCAGUGGGCUUUAUUUUGUAAACACGGAACGGAGGCAGUACUACCCCACGUGUGUACUGUUGAGCCGACUGUUGAGAGACAACUUGGUUCAGCAGGUGGUCUUGCUUCUCCUUUGUGUUUCUGUGAGUAGGCCCUGCCGAUGGCAGCACCGCCACGUGGUAUCUGUGCGCUGGCGAGGAGAGUGUGAGCAGUCGCUGGGGUGCGGCGUUCCAAAGUCCACCCAAAAUGGAUGCUGCGUUCAUGGCCAUCACCUGUGCGGCAACACCUGGUUUCCUUAAAACGAUUUCCUUUUUGUCCUUUUAUAUUUUUCUAAAGAAAACAAAAAUAUAAACUACCAAGUUAUCUUAAGAAUAAGAAUACAAAGGAGCACUGCUCUUGGCACUGAAGAUCUUGGGAUUCAUGACACUGAGGGCAAGGAGAAGAAAGAACAUCAGCCAUGUAGAGAUACAAAUAAGCUCAUCAAAUGAGCAGCUGGUUUCUCUCACUGAGCCUGAAUUUGCAGAAGUGUUCAAAUGUGAGUUUCUGGCUUGCACCAGUGUUUUGCCCUAAAUCUAAGGAUGGUGCCAAGUGGUGGCCCUGUGUUCUAAGGACAGAGAAAGCUGGAGGUGUGGAGAGAAACGCAUCGGCACUCAUUUGGUAUAACCAAGAAGAGGGGAAAAGAUGUCUUGAUAGAAUGAAAGUUGCCAAAAACAAAUGAGUUUAUCAAGAGAUUUCUAACAUUUAGUAGAAAUUGCUUCAUAGCUCUCAUUUUUAGGGGAUUCUAUCUAUAAUUUAUGGUAAAUAGUUCGGAGGCAAAGGGAAGAAUGUGCCUGGGGGGAUUAUUAAUUUGAAGUACAAGCUAAAUUGUUUAUGAAAUGACUUUUGGAUGAACAAGUUUAGAGAGAGAAACUGACUAAUGCGUCCUCCAGUUUAGAAUUUCACCUUACCCAACCCAGGCACGUCUUAAAAAACAUAUCCUCAGUGCAGCUCUGCCAGCAUCAAGCUUUUAAAAUAUAUAAUAUUUAGACCAUUUAAACCAUACUUAUUACUCAGAAACAAUUUGGGGUUAGCCAUCUAAUAUGGCAAAUAAAAUAGAUUUUUUUAAAGAAAUCCAAAAUUGUCUUAAAGGAACCCCUUAAAGAACAAAAAAGUUGUGUUCCUAAGUUAGAAUGCUCACUAGCAAGAAUUUUUAUUUUCCUGAAAGCAAUUGUAUAUAUUUUGGAAAGUUCAUGUUAUUGGAAUCGAAGUUCAAAUUAAGCAACUUCUGAGCCUAGAACUUUAUUUUUUCCUAAAUGUCCCACCACUUAACAUACAAAUUUCUUUGAAGGCAUAACUGGACAUGGCAGACACUACUUUGAACAAAAACCAGCCUAGUGAAUUGACUGAGUACAGUCCUUUAAGACUGCCCAGUUCAUUCUCUUAGAUAACUAAGGAAAACUAGAAAAAGAAUACAGUUCACCCUUGUCGAGGUCCAGUGUGAAAGACAGAAGUUUAUUUAACGUGGAGGUAAAUGAAGGUGGGCUGUUUUCAGCGUCUUAGUUUGACCAUGAAGAUGUCUAUAGAAUUAUGUGUAGUUGUUCUGUACGAUUUUAUUUUCUUCAUUUAUUUAUUUACAGUCUUAUUUAUGUUCUGUUUAAUAUAUAGUUUGAUUCUGGCCAUUUUAAAUAUUUGACACAGAAGAGACUAUAUUGGAAUAUUUACAGCUUUAUAAGUCUUUCAUCAGAUUAGCUGUGGACUUUUUGUAAUACAAAAAGUUUCAGACAAGUAUUAAAGAAUAAAAUCUGUCUCAGGCUGGUAGUUAGCAGUUGUGACCAAGAUGCUUUUGGUUGUUGUAUUUCACAAAAUCUCCUCAUUUCUAACAUGAGAGAUGAACUUAUUUUAAUAUAAUCCUUUUUCUACACUUUAAAAGUCAGCAAUAGUGUUAUGUAUUUAUAGGCAGCUUUUAAUAAUCUUGUCAUAUUUGUACUAACCCAAAUGAUUCACAGUGACAAAACAUUUUAAUAACUUGAUCACAAAACCAUAUGGACAAAUACGAAUUUUAAUAUUAUAAAUACUAUUUUUAAAAGGUAGAAUUUAUUCACACAGGGUAAAAAGAAUGUAAUAUUUAGUUCUCAAGUUUGAAUUAUCAUUAUAUUAUUACAAUUUUGUAUAUCAGAAUCUUAAGUGUUACAGGUACAAAAAGGAUAUUGCUAGCCAAAUGAACAAAGUUUAGCUAAAUCUCUGUAGCAUGCAAAUCAAAUAAAUUAAAAUUUUUUGCUAUUGCUUUAUCUAUAUUGUAUGAAAUAUCAAAAGCUCAGGACUGAACUUAAUAUUUAAUCAGGUUAAAUUCUGAACAUGUUUCUGUUUUAAUCUGUCUUGUUUGUAAACGUAUGCAAAUACAUCACAUAGAUUAACUUUGGUUUCUGCACUUUCCAAGUGUUUGUGGGUGGAAAAAAAUUCAGUCGGUUUUUAAAAAAACAAAAACAAAAAACAAAGCUACAUAUUGCCUAAUAGUCUAUUUCAGUGUCGUUUAUUGUUCAGUUUAUUUCCCUGACUGGCACAAACACACGAGUUUCCUGGAACCAUGUACCAAGCAAAUACAAAAUAUUUCACGAAGAAUCCCCAAGCCAGCAGUUUGUGAUGAAUAGUUCUUGUUGGAACUGUGUGUAUUGCUGAUAAAAAAGGACGCAGUCUUUUCAUUGUGCAAAUAAAAUGAAGGGCUCCAGAGUGUGUGCUCUGUGGUCGUUCCGCCUGGGCUGGCAGCGUGCUCCACGGAGAGGCAGCCAUCCCAGGAGGUCUCUACACACACACCAGUCCUGCCCUGCCCUGCCCUGCCCCCCACAGACUGCUCAGUGCCAGGGAAGCCAGAAACGCUGCCCACGAAAUACAGAGCACAGGAUGCAGAAGCACGUUUGUGUGCCAGAGCCUACUUGAAUCAUCCAAAACACAAGAUCACCCUCCUGCUUCUGACAUCGUUUAGAAGGCAUGACUGAAUGUGGCUGCCUUUUGAGAAAAGGUUCCAUAGAGACACAGGUCUCUGAUUCAGGAGAUGAUGUGUCUACGCCUUUCACCUCUAAAGCUUUUAAAGAGCUCAUCAUUCUUUUAUAUAAUAAGACGUCAUGCAUUUUAAAUAAGUAUGCAGCUCAGGCUUAUUAUACUAGGUUAUCUUAAACACCUGAAAGAAGUCAGUGAUCUGCCAGAUGAUUCCGCUCCAUAUGAAUAACACCUUCAAAGACACAUACAGAUUAACGUUUUAUUUACCACUUCUAUGCAAUCACUGUUUUAAAAUUGAGAACACUCAUCCACAGUAAUGGGUGUCAUUACUAUGAAGUCUUGAUUGGUUUUGAUCUCAGAGUAGAAGAUAAAAAUAGUUUACUAGUCUUGGAAAGAAACUAUAGUUUAACAGUCACAGGAAAAAAUGCAUUUUCGAAAAUCAGAAGCACAGUGAGAUGACUAGAGCGGGACCUCCUACCAAAUCCAGUGUUGAGCAGGCGUCUCCUGAACAGCAGACGCUUGUCCUUUCUGGCUUAGUUUCUCAGGUUGGUGUUUCUUGUCUCCAGUUGAUGAUGAUCUUGCAUUUGCGCCACUGCAUGGUGGCCCGAAGCUAGGAGAGCGUGGCUGGAACAGGCUGCACAGUUGAGCAGACACCCUCCCAGUAGAAGAGAAAGUCCAGCAAACCAGCCCAGAAAGAGGGCCUCCCCAAACUCCCACCUGGGGACAAAGUCUGGGACGUUCUCAUCCCAGAACUCCUGAACCGUCUUGUGGGCAACCCAAGAGACAGGAACCAGGGCUGUGAUUCCCGAGGCCCAGGACAGAACUCCUCCCAGGAUCAGCAGUCGCCUCUUGAGAUCUCUCUGACCCUCUCCAAUUCUCAGACAGUCCAGGCCAAACCCGGAGACCAGCAGGCCCAGAAAUCCCAGCCCGUUUGAUAGAAACAUUAAGAUCCUGGAGACCCUGAGUUCAGCAGGCAAAGCCAGGAAGGAGUCAAAGUCCUUGCAUUGCAUCCCCACUUCCUCUUGGGUGACGCAGGUUUGCCAGAGUCCCAUGGUCCAGUUUUCCAUUUCAUUUAAGUCCAGGUUGAGGUUCUUCCAGUGUGGCAGGUAGUUUGUAAGACAGGAUAAAACCCAUCCCAGCAAAGAUAAUGAAACUCCAGCUAGUUGAGCCACAGUUCUAAAUACUAAAGCCAUUAUAAUGUCCUGAGAGCUUUAACCAAACAAACUCCUGUCCUUCGGCUGCUGUGAAAAGAAGUGUGACACUUGUAUUAUAACUUAUGAAGCUCAGAAAUAUUUCUUCAUUGUGUAUAUAGGAGGAUUCUUGCCAGAGUUGCUAUUGUUUGAUUCCAUGUUGAAUGGGUUUCAGAAAAGGAUAGGGAAAUAAUGCUGCAAACCAGUAAUGCCAAGGUGUGGCCAAGAUCGUGUUUGUGUCCUGUGGGCUGGAUUUUGCAGAAAGCAGUUUGUCACUGAAAUAUAAUUAAGUGAUAAUAAUCCUCCUUUCGUUGUUAAGGUUAAAAUGGCUUUCAUGUUAUUCCCAACCUUUCUAACAAAGAAUUAAGUCUGAAUGCAAAAUGUUUAACUGAUGGUUUUGGUUCAACACCUCCUGCUUUGUAUCUCACUAAUUGCACCUGUCAGAUUUUCAUCUCUUAUAGUUCUCACAUUUCAAAUGUGCAUGUUAUGGUAAUACUGAGUGUUACUUUUAAAAAAUAGGUUCAAGAAAAGUAUUUCUUAACCAAAUAAAUCAAUCUUAUCAGAAA